AGAUUUAGUAGUCCUUUCUUAAUUGCAGGAAUCAAAGAAACGGUGAAGAUGGUGGAAAAGGAUGGUGGACGAGCGUAUGCUUUCGUGUGCGACCUUGCUGACAGGGAGGACGUGUACAGAAUGGCCGAAAAGACUAACAAAGAAGCCGGACAGGUUACUAUCCUGAUUAACAACGCAGGAGUUGUAUCAGGAAAAUUACUGUUGGAAACCCCCGAUCAUCUCAUCCAACGUACCUUUGACGUCAAUGUGUUGUCUCAUUUCUGGGUAAGUUAUCAUUUACAAAAAUACUAAGAAAACAAUUAUUAU